AUGAAGAGCUUUUUACUUUUUUCUUUAAUUCGAGUAUACUCCAUUUUGGCGGAAUAUCCAGAGGAGCGAAGAUGCGGAUCAAAAAUGGAGAAUCUGUGGUUGGAUGUGGUUCUAGUUGUGGAUAAUUCGAAAGGAAUGACAAAGGAUGGGCUUACUGCGAUCUCGGCGAACCUUGCCUCAAUCUUCAGUGACGCUCAAAUUGGUAUCAACCCAUCGAAUCCAAAAACUACACGAAUCGGAAUGGUCACUUAUAACUCCAACGCCACCGUUGAUGCUCACUUGAACUAUGAUUGGCCAAAAAACAAUGAUGUGCUAAACUUCUACUCAACCAUGUCCGAAAUUUCCGAAGAUUCAACAUCAUAUGUGGCUCAUGGCCUGCAGGCGGCUCAGAAUUUACUAUAUUCGGAAAGUUUCGGUUCUAACAGAUCACAUUACAAAAAAGUCAUCAUUGUAUGUGCGUCAACAUUUAAAGGAACUGGAAAAAAUGAUCCAAUUCCGGUUGCCAACCGUCUGAAAGGCAGAGGCGUCAAAAUUCUGACGAUUGCCUACGAUCAGGGAGAUGAGAAGGUUGUGGAGGAGUUGGCAAAGAUUUCAAGCCCCGGAUUAAGUUUCAAGCAAGAUGCGAAUAUGACACUGAUUGAAAAUACACUCUUGGAAGUAAAUUGCUUCUGCCCAAGCUCCAAUUGGUACCAAUACCGCACUCCCGGUCAAUCCUACGGUACCUGCAUCCAACCAGUCGGAAUGUCGGCUGUAUGGUUCGCUGCGCUUGCUUCCUGUCAGCUUCGUUGGAAUACUUCCUAUUUGGCAUCGGAAUUCACGCUAGACAAGCAUCAAUUCGUUUUUGAAAUCGUCAAAAGAACUCCGCAAAUUCGGGAACCAUAUGCCUAUCACAUUGGAUUGCGCCGAAUUGAUGGGGAAUGGUAUUGGGACCAACCAACUGGACUACUUCCGGUCAGAGAUUAUAAAAAUUGGGGAUACGAUUAUCCAAGUCAGUCGAAGAAACUAUCGGUUGGGAUGAACUUUGAAAAUUCUGGAAAAUGGAUGGAAUGGAAGAAUGUGGACCCGAGGUUCCCAUCCAAUUAUGUUUGUGAAACCUCUACCUGUGAUACUGAUAACUAUUGUGAUGCAAGUGUUGAUGACCAUUGA